AUGAAUUAUUUUGUGUAAAUUUGAAAUGUCAACUCCAUGGUAGAAACCAUAGACACAUGAUCAUAUCUUAGGUCAUGUGACUGUCCAAAAAUCUAGAUUCAAAUCCAGUAUGCAUCUUAAACCUCUCAGGUGUGACUACGGUGGCCCUGGACGGCGACGACAUUGACCGCGUGGCGGUGAGCGGCCUAAACGUGGACAUGGUUUGCUUGGUGAACCAGCUGAAGAAGAAGUUCUCCUCGGUGGUGAUUGUGACGGUGGAGGAUCUGAUAAAGGUGGAGGAAGAUAAGAAAAAGAAGGAUGAGGAGAAGAAGAAGAAAGAGGAGGAGGAGGAGAAGAAGAGAAAGGAAAAGGAAGAGAAGCUGAAGAAGAUGUUGCAUGCUGCUCUGUGCAAAAAGUGCCACAGUUCCAGUUGUCACGGGCAUAAGUAAGUCUACUACUUCUUGGAGUAUUGUUGCAACAUGCUAUAAGACUAAAAGACCAUUGCAGUGUAAAAACAAAAUUUGAACUUUAGUAACAAAUUCUCCCUGUGGAUGAAUCCUUUUACAUUCCGAAUUGUAAUUUUAUUUCAUAAUAAAUUUAAUUUAA